GGUCGCCUUGCAGAUAUUCCUGAAAUCUUUACAAAUAGGAAUCGGCUGUGUUCUCUAGCUUCGUUCUAGAAAGGUUUUCGUCUUUCGGCCUCGAGCGAGCGUUAAACCGCUGGCUCGCGCAACGUUCUCGUUUCUGUUACGUGCGCACAGCAAGCACUCAAGCAGAUUUGAGCAAUGCAAGCCCUCAAAUCUUCAGCCUUUCCCGGCAGGGCAUCGCGCAUGCCCUUGCAGCCAGCUCUCCGCACCAGCGCGAUGCCUUGCCGCCUUUCAGUAACAGCAUGGGCCCCUGCGCGAUCUCUGCGCGGCGCUGUGCACGUCAGCUCUCACGACGGACUCCACGCCAACCGCCCCCUGGACCUCGCAGCGACGAGCUCGGCGCCCGCAGCCACCGCAACCCCAUCCACGCAGCCCUCCGCCGCCCCUAGCCCCGCCAGCCAUACCGUGCUACCCCCCUGGGCCGGCCGCGCCGCGCGGCUCGCCUGUUUGGCCGUGGCCGCUGCCUCCCUCGCCGCGCUGCUCUCUCCCGCCGCGGCGCUCGCCGCAGGCGACGCCGCCACUGCCGCCGCAGGCGGCAGCGGCAACCCCCUGUCCGGUCUUGUCAGCUUCAUCCUGCACCUGGACAAACACCUGGCUGCGCUGAUUCAGCAGCACGGCGCCAACAGCGUGUACGGGCUGCUGUUUGCGAUUGUGUUUGCGGAGACGGGGCUGGUGCUGACGCCCUUCCUGCCGGGCGACUCGCUGCUGUUCGCGGCGGGCGCUUUCGCGGGCAUGGGCCAGCUGGAUGUGGUAAUCCUGUGCGCCGUGUUCAUUGUGAGCGCCAUAUUGGGAGACGCAGUCAACUACGCAGUAGGCUCCAAGGUGGGCAAGGCGGCGGUGAGCCGCGGCGUGGUCAGCCGCGAGCACAUCGCCAAGACCGAGAAGUUUUAUGACAAGUACGGUGGCAAGACGGUGGUGCUGGCGCGCUUCGUGCCCAUCGUGCGCACCUUCGCGCCCUUCGUGGCGGGUAUUGGGUCCAUGCCGUACGGCCGCUUCGCUGCCUACAACGUGGGCGGCGCGCUGCUGUGGACGUUCCUGUUUGUGGGCGCCGGCUUCUUCUUCGGCAACCUGCCCUUCGUGCGCAAGAACUUCACGCUGGUGGUACUGGGCAUUGUGGCGGUGUCCGUGGUCCCAGUCAUCUACGAGCUAUGGGCGGCGCGGCAGGAGGCGGCGGCGGAGGCGGCGCAGGGCAAGGGCAAGGGCGGCGAGGACGGGCAGUCGGGCAGCGGCGGCAAGCCCAACUUUGCAUGAGGCGUGCCGUCCAGGCCUUGGGGGGUAUUGAUUGUAGUUGAUGAAUGCGGCAUGGGCGCAGCGGCCUGUGGUGCAGCAGUAUGGAGGUGGUGUGGGGCCUGGUGGUGCCAGCGGCCUGGUGGUGCCAGCGGCGGUGGCGGCUUCGCCCGAGGAAGUGCAGGUCCUGUCGACAGGGGCAGUGGAGAUGCUCAGGAAGAUACUGCGUGGCCGGAGCGGGUGGCUGCCUUGAACGGCGGACUCGUGCGGGCCCAGUCACAGCGGGCGCCUGGCCAUUGUGCGAAGUUGUCGUGUUGAGUACUCAAGGCACUCUGCACUCAUCAAAUGCUUGAAGCUUUCACCAGCACUUGUUGGACGCGUAUGUGGCUUCACUGGCGUAUGUGGCUGCGUGUGCAUUGCGGAGACGGGCGGCAGGCGCGCGGUACCUGGUGGGAGGCGGCAUGCCGAAACAUGAGGUGGCACGUGUGGGGGCUUCGCAGCAAAGAGCGGGGCGGAUUUACCCCGGUGCUCGCUGCUGUAACAGCAUGUUCAA